AGGGGCCUACUGAUCAGUCUCAAUUUGAAAGAAAUAAAAUACUCAUUCGAGGGCUGAGUGAGAAAACUUGCCCGGACGGACUGGUGAACUUUAUCGAGGCAAGGAGUGGUGGGAAAGAGGUUAAGGACGUACAGAUGCUGAAGAAUGGAAAAGCCUUGGUCACCAUGGCCAAUGAAAUCAAAGAUUUCACGAAAAUAAAGACUAAAUGCGAGUUGAGAGGUCUGGAUGAUGCAAAGAUUUCCAUUGAACAAGUCCCGGUUUGCAAAAGCAUCCUUGUCACUGGCUUUGCAGACGUUACCCAUGAUUUCAUUGAGUUGUACUUUGAGAGUCGUCGAAACGAUGGGGGUCCUGUGAAGAAGGUUGACUAUGUUCCUAAAAGUGGUCGAGCUGUGGUUGUGUUUCAAGACACAAAAGACAUGGAAAGGGUGUUAACCAGACAUGAAGAGAAACCUUAUGAGAUUAAACAAACCCAGCUGUCAAUUAGAGCUUACCGAGAGUUUUUAGAAGACGAAGACAUUGAUGGAGCCGAGAAUCCCGAUGACUUUGGAGCUAUUGCAACCGCGGCCAGUGAAUCUCGAGUGAUCCAGAAACCCUCUGCCAAAGCACAACAGCUGCACAUGCUUGUAGAUCCCGAUGUUAUGGAAUACGUCACAUCCACACGAUUCCAAGCUGAGCUGGACGAUUCGCUGGCUGGAAAGAGGAGCGAAAUCACCUGGAAACCCAACAACAAAAUAGCUGUAAUAGUGUACCGUGGGGAAGAUGACAGUCAUUCCUGGCAACCUGAGUGCAUUGAACAAGUACAAAAUUACCUCGGCAAGUUUGCGAAGUGCGAUGUGCAGGUCAACAAGGAUUUCUGGGAAGCCGUGGUAGCAAGAGUUCCCAGCAUUCGCACCUGCUUGGGAGUUGAUCCCCCGCUGGUCAAGACUGUUCCUGAUUCAAAUGUUGCUAGGAUCGUUUCAUUAAGAACAGCUCUGAAAAGUAACGAGGAAAAGGUAAAGUCAAAGUUGGAAGAAAUAUACGAGGAGACCAGAAAAACUUACCUAGAGAAGAAAAUUCCAAAUGUUCCCGAGGAGCGCUUAAUUUUGCUGAAGAAGAUAAAAUUUGCCGAGAAACUCCAAGAAAAGAAUAAGGAGUUGAAGAUCAAAAUUAAUACUGAAGAUGAAGAAAUAUAUUUCGAAGGUCCCCAGCCACAGCUUAUUGAGGCAACCAUGAAGUUCGAGAAACAAAUGGCAAAUGUGGUUGAGAAGAAACUGACUUUACCCAACAGCAUCCUGGAGAUUUUAGUCUCAGAUGAAGGGCUUCAGACUGUCAAAUGUGAGUUGGAAAGAAACAACGUGGAAGUAGUGUUGGUUAUUGAGAAAGACACCACCAUAGUGGGAUCAUCAGCAGCGAAUGCAGACAACGCGGCCAGGCUCGUGAACAAGUUGAUGGUGGAAGAGAAAAUUCAAGUGGACGAGAAAAGCAAGCAUUUUUUGAAGUCAUCGGAAUGGCUAAAGUUGUGUGACGAGAUGAACCAAACGACUGUCCGUGUCCUUAGGAACAACUGGAACGAUAUACACGUAGUUGGGUUUCGUGAUGACGUGACGGAAGUGAUAAAGAAGUUAAAUACCUUUCUUCAAAACAAUUGCAUCAGGGAGGAACGUUUUUGGUGCAGGUCUGAUAUCAUGCGAAGAUAUCUUCUCGAGCUACGUCAAGAAGAUCUACACACCAUAGAAAAUCAACUAAAAGACUUUGUGGUGAGCAUUAAAAAGGGUGAUGACGAUGAUGAUUUUAUCAUUUCUGGCAACAUAGAGGGUUUGGAUCGCGUAGGAAAGAAGCUCGACGCUCUGAUCGAUUCCACUGAGUUGAAAACCUUUGAAGUGAAACAGCCAGGCCUUCGAAAAUACUUUGAAAGUGGAAAAGGAGAUCAGCUGGUGAAAUUGGUGGAAAAAGAUCAAGAUUGUGCUAUAAAAGUCCAGAAAAAUUUAGGUCGAGGAGGAAGGGACGAGGAGUUGCGCGUGGAAUCCGUUUCCGACGCUUCUACUUCUUCAGGCGACAGUGACGAUGAUGUCGGGGGUGACCACGCUACCACUACUGGAACUGACUCGUCUACCCUGGUAAUAGCCCAAAGGCACAGAGUGUCGUGGAAACCUGGAAAUAUAGGGGCAGAGAAGGCUGACCUACUUGUCAGUUGUCUAGGAGCAUGCGAUAAAGCAAUCAUUAAUGCCGGUGGUCCUCAGGCCGCAACCCCCAAAGUUGGUGACAUCACUAUCUCAGGCGGUUUUUCCUCGGUCAGUCACGUGAUUCACAGUCACUGUUGUACGUGGAACAACGGUGGAGGGGAGCCGACGCUAAGGGCCAUCGUUCAAAAGUGUCUGCAAGCGGGUGAAACACUUAGAGCCAAGUCCAUUGCAUUUCCUGUCAUUGGGACUGGAAAUCUACACUUCCCUCGCGACACAGCCUCGAGAAUCAUGUUGGAAGAAACAGUCAAUUUCUGCCGAGCCAACCCUGGUUCUAAUUUACAGGACAUCCGAUUUGUCGUGUUUGACCAAGAUCAAGCAUUAACUGCCGCCUUCCAACAAGAGAUGGAAAAACUGCAACCCAAGCAAAUUGGCAACUCACAUUUGACAGUCCAGGUGGUGAAUGGUGAUUUGACCCAAGAGAACAGCACUGAUGCUAUCGUGAAUAUUCUGAGCACGGACAUGAACAUGAAAAACGCCGGAGACCUGAGCAAAGCCAUAGAAAAACAGAGUGGUCCACUAGUGCAACAAGAAUGCAACCAAUUGGGAAAGCAGACUCCUGGAACAGCGAUAGUGACCAGUGGAGGUAAUUUACAAGUACCUCAUAUUAUUCACAUCAUUCCAGGCUCCUCAGAUAAGCAGCAUCUCCAGCAAUGUUUGGAGGAGGGUCUUCGUGUUGCAGACGCCAAUAACUUUCAAGCGAUCUCAAUUCCGUGUGUUGGCACUGGAGGAUACAGCUUGACCACAGCGGACUCAGCCCAGCUGACGUUCAAAGCACUAAACGCAUUCAGUGCCCGUUGUAAAAACAUUCAGAAAGUAAGAGUAGUUGUGUUCCAGGCCUCUAUGAUGCAGGAGUAUCUACAAGAGCAGAAAAAACCAGUGCAAGAUAUUGAAGAAGACAGUGACUCAGAGAAUGCAGCAGCCGGGAAAACCAGAAGACGCAGACGUAGGCAGGCACCAGGCCAAAGUGACGAACAUUCUGUAAGAAUUUCUGUGAUUGGCAAAGAGAAGGUGAGCGUGGAAAGAGCCGUGGACUCCUUGAAGAAAGGUUUUUCGGACGCCUGUCCAAUGGAAAAAGUCGAAAGUGAUGUCAUCAGUCAGCUUUUCGAUAAGCAGAAGGAUAUGCUGAGAAAAAAAGCUAAAGACCGUGACGUCAAACUUGAAAUUGAGGAUGACAUGAAUUGCAUUGUCAUUCGCGGUGGACCAACCGAAGUAGCUGGAAUAGUCGGGGAGAUCUGGAAAGAGAUCAACAAAAGGAUGAAGAAGAAACAGGAGGAAGACCAAGCGAAGUUGGUUUCAAAGAAUGUAGAGUGGAGCUAUGAAAUACAAGGCACAAAAGUAGCGUUUGCUCCGAAAGCAAAUGCCAAGAUUGAGUUGGCCCACAGCAAAGAUGAGCACACAGUGCAAGUUUCUCUACGCGGAGACAAGUUUUUCAUCGACUUGAAGGGAAACUCUGGGCGCGGACAAAAGUCUGGUGAACAAAUAUCACUGACAAGAAAGCUGAAGGGUGCUGAUGAAGGUUAG